AUGGCCUUGCCGGAUGCCUGGGUGGUGGAUGAGGCCAAGGAGCUUCAAGCACGGCUGCCUGCAGCGCAGAAUGCUUUGGCGCUGGAGGCGCAGAGCUACCAACUUGGAGCAAAAACACGAAUGUGCUACCUCAUUUCAGGAUGUAUUUGCCAAGAGCUCACUUUGUCGCGGAUCCGCGCAGCUGCAGAAGCUUGUAAUGAGAAGGUUGCGUGGCCGAACUUUCUCAUCAACGGCUCCAAUGGCUCAUCAGCUUUGCGGGUUGGAACAGAUUGUAGUGGCUUGGAAGCUCCAGUGCAUGCCCUCCGUUCUAUGGGCCUGCUGCACAAACAUGUUUUCAGCUGCGAGAUCAAUCCGGCCCCCAGGACGAUGAUUGAAGCGAAUUGCUUGCCUGAGGAAGCUUUCAUGGACAACGUGAUUGUCAGCUCUGCUGGCGCAGUGCCCUUUAUGCAUUUGUAUGUGGCUGGGUUUUCCUGCAAACCAUUUUCCAUGCUUCACAACAAGACCAAGCUUCUUGAGGAAAAGGAGGCUGAGAUUUUCAAGGCAGUUCUUCGACGCAUCGGCAAGCUACGGCCUCCAUGCUUUGUCCUCGAGAACGUCAAAGGCAUCCAACGGUGCAUGGAGAAGGUACAAUCUAUGUUGCAGGACUUGGGCUACAUCGUAGCGGUUCAAUUGAUGGACCCUUCGAGUUUGGGGGAGCCCCUUCUCCAGCCACGUUUCUAUUUCAUCGGGCUGCGAACAGAUGUGGCCGCUUUCCCUGCAGGAGCCUCCAGGCACAUUCUCCAGCACAUUUGGACUGAGCUGGGGCAGGCAAAUGAACCUGCUCCUUUGGCUCAGCCACCAGCUUUGGCUUUGGUGAGCAUUUUCACCACUUUUGUGGCUGGGAGCUGGCCAGCGAUGCCUCCACCUGCGAUCAGUGCAAGGCUGGCAGCAGACGAAAGGGUGAGCGCCUGCAAAGGUGGGCAGGCAGCCCUGGCAGCUUACAUGGCCUAUAGAAUCGGCUGUCGCAUCCCACCACUGGACAAGGACCCAGACAACCUGAUGCUGCAGAUCUCGCACGCUGAGAAUCCCUUUCUGAGGAUGGGGGAGUCCAGGCUGUCUUUUUUGGACAGUUGCAGAGGCAGCUUUGCCCACUCUGUGGUGAAGAGCCGUGGUGACAAGCUGAUGGCCUGUUUGAAGAUUCUGGUGGCCAGUGCCAAAGUUCAGAAAUUGGAAGCCAGGGAGCAGUUAGCUUUAAUUAUGAUUGCAACGUACCUUCGCUCUGUGCAAUUUGGUGAGUUCUUGGUGGAUGAGUUGUCGGCUCGUCGGCCCUUGGCUUUGCUUCCGCUCGUUCAAAAGUUCUUCGAAGUCACCCAUGGGGUUGCCCAGCGAAAAGCUUUCCUGCCGUCCCGAGUUAUUUCCAAAAGGGAGCAGAAGGUCCGGCCGAACCGUGCCCUGGCGAAGCUUCGGAUGGCUGAUGUUCUGGCCAUGGCUGGCCAAUUUUUGGAUGGCAGCCUCGACAUUAUGUUCGUGUGCCAGGGCAAAGCUGAUUGGAUUGUCGACGUGGAUAUGUGCCUUGAGCAGUUGAAAGGUUUGCCAAAUCCCAAGUGCGUGAAGAUGCAAAUUCUCCAGGCUGAGGUCACAUCUGACGUUUGUGUCGUGAAUGCGUGCAAGUGCAUCCACGUCUUGAAGACUCCCGGUUUGCGCUUAUCGUUGAGAUUCAGCAAAUGGCUUCCUGUCAGUCAUGGGUUUCCCUAG